ACGGUUUUGUUCACAUGGUCGUUUGACAUAGUUAGAAAUUUAGUUGAAGUCAUCGAUUCAGUUGUACUUUCUGUAGUCUGGUUUUAAAAAAAUCAUGGCAUUUGGUUGUUUACUCGUACUAGCCCUAUUCUCAUGCGUAUUAGCAGAGGAGACAAAAAUCUAUUUUGUAGAGAAAUUUGAAGACCAAAGUUAUCAGGACAGAUGGGUGGAAUCCACUUUCAAAGGAAGUGACGCUGGAAAAUUUACUUGGACUGCUGGAAAAUUCUACGGUGAUGCAGAUUUAGACAAAGGUAUUCAAACCAGCCAAGAUGCUAAAUUUUACGGUAUUUCGGCCAAGUUUGAGGAAAGUUUUUCAAACGAAGACAAGACCUUUGUGAUCCAGUUCCAAGUGAAACAUGAACAGAACAUCGACUGUGGUGGUGGUUACGUAAAGGUUUAUGACAGCAAAGUGGACCAGAAGAACAUUCAUGGCGAUACUCCAUACCACAUUAUGUUCGGACCUGAUAUCUGUGGACCUGGCACCAAAAAAGUACACGUGAUUUUUAACUACAAAGGGAAAAACUUGCUGACUAAGAAAGACAUCAGAUGCAAGGAUGAUGAGUUCACCCAUCUCUACACACUGAUUGUGAAGUCUGAUAACACCUAUGAGGUUCGUAUUGAUGGAGAGAAGGUUGAAAGUGGCGAGCUUGAAGCUGACUGGGAUUUUCUGCCACCAAAGAAGAUAAAAGAUCCUGAGGCCAAGAAACCAGAGGACUGGGAUGAUAAAAAGAAGAUUGAUGACCCAGAGGAUAAGAAACCUGAGGAUUGGGACAAGCCUCAGCACAUCCCUGAUCCUGAUGCUAAGAAGCCUGAUGACUGGGAUGAUGAGAUUGAUGGUGAAUGGGAACCUCCAAUGAUCGACAACCCAGACUACAAGGGAGAAUGGAAACCCAAACAGAUUGACAAUCCUAACUACAAGGGAGAGUGGAUCCACCCAGAAAUUGACAACCCUGAAUACCAACCUGAUGACAAACUUUACAAGUAUGAUGACAUUGGUGCCAUUGGAUUUGAUCUGUGGCAGGUUAAAUCUGGAACCAUUUUUGAUAAUAUCCUUGUAACAGAUUCUGUGGAGUAUGCAGAACAAUUUGCAAAGGAAACUUUUGAGAAAACCAAGGAAGGUGAAAAGAAAAUGAAGGAUGAGCAGGAUGAAAAGGAACGCAAAGAAAGAGAGGAAGAAGAAAAGAAGAGGAAAGAAGAGGAGGACAAGAAGAAAGCAGAGGAAGAAGAUGAAGAGGAUGAGGAAGAGGAAGAGGAAGAAGAAGGCAAAGAAUCUGAGGAGGUAAAAGAAGAUGAAACAGAGGAGGGUAAGGAAGAAACAGAAAGUGAAGAGAGUGCAACAGAAGAUGAAGAAACAAAAGCCAAGGAUGAACUUUAAUUGAAUCUGAUGCAUCUAGGCAUUUUUAUUGACUGAAAAGAUCUCCACAAAGCACACCUAAUUAAAUGGUGUGUGACUGAGAUUUAGGUGGUGUAUCAAAUUGCUUCAUGUGAAGAAGCUUGCAGAAAAAAAAAAAGGGCCUCUUCAUCAUCUAGGUAUACAUUUAUCAUUUCUUUUUAGAGGAAAAUGUGGAAAUACUGAAUUGUUAUCUGGUAAUAUUCUCUUGCUCUUUGCUGGGUUAAAUUUGUUAUAAUCUUUUUCUAGCAUGGAAAGGCCUAUCUCCUGUGGUUACUCUUGCUGUAGUUACCAGAACUAAUUUAAUUUCUUGUUUAUUAAAAAAAAAAUGAUGAGAAACAACUGUGUCACAGUUUGCUUCCUACCUCAUUGUGUUGUGGCAUUUGUGCUUCCCUGCAUUGAAAGCCCCGAUUAAAAAGGGAACUGAGAAUUUGUGUAAUGACAUGAAAACCAUCUGGAUUGUAUAAUGAAUGGAAUUAACCAUAUGGAGUACUUUUAUUUCUCAAAAUGGUAUCAUGCAAAAUAGGGGAAACAGGUUGAACAAUAGACUAAUUGUUAAUUUGUAUUGGAAGAAGAAACUAAAUUAAUGCUCUAACUAUCAUAGUUGAUCAACAUGUAACUUCUCAUAGUAUUCAUACAUUAUCCAGCAAAAAGGUAAUGAGAAUACUCGGUCUCAUCAGGUAGAUGUUGUCAUCUUGAUCGAAAACCAGACUUGGACAAAUAAAUAUGUAGCAGCUAGAGGGGAGGAUUAACAGUCAGAUCUUGGGAGUUCAAGGGUUAAAUUGUAUGUGGUGGAGGUGGUAGUUCUGAUGCAAGGUUUAAGUGUUUCCUGUGCAAUUAAGUAGAGAACAUGUGAAAUAACUUCACACAGUGAUAAAACAAGCAUGGUUACCUCAUCAUUUUACUUCAUUUUUUUCCAUUACUAUUUCAUGGUUAAAGAUUUAUUAUGUCAAGUUAAAUCAAAGAAUCUCAACUGAAUAUUUUAAAGGGAAUAAUGUAAAUUAGUGCUCUUGAAUUAACCUUGGUAAGUUCCAGGUGUGAGCUAAUGCCACUGGCUCACUUAAACUGUUCUCAGGAAAGGCAUCUUAUAAGAGAGGUAGCUCUUCAAUCACUCACAACUUAUGUUUACAUUGGAAACACAUCCUUGAUCAGAGAGAACUACACACAGAAUAAGCUUUGGUAAUGUUAAACAAUUAUUGGAUGAUGCUUUUGUGAUAACCAGAAUGGUCAAGGUGGGGGUUAACAGCCCAAGUCAAAGUCUUUGGCUGAUAACCCUUAACAAGAUCUUGUUUAAUCUGGAUAUCACAAAAACUGAAUGUAAUAAUUGUUUUAUUAUACACUGAAUGAAAAAAAAUGGUCACAACAGUAAGUGGAACUGAUAAUUUACUUCUAAACUUGUAAAAAUAUACAAAUGAGCAAGCAAUAAAAAGUGUGCAAACUUGA